AUGGUUCAGGCACGCAAUGGAGAGACCGAAAGGGAUCUCCCGCCUGGAAUUGUAACAGGCCCAGACGGGAAACCAUGUCAAGCUUGUACCUCCUGGAGACUUUGGAAACCCGCUAUAAUGACACAGGAGCAAAGUCACAACAAAACAGCUGCUUCAGGAGCUGCCACUACACUUGCAACUUCUCCUGCUUCAGCUUCACUCGAAAUCCCACUCACAAAUUGUCCACCAGACUCUGAAGAGCUUGGCCACGCGACUUGGACGUUCCUACAUACAACCGCGGCCUACUACCCGGUACGGCCUACACCCACACAGCGCGCCAUUAUGCUUACUCUAUUACACUCCUUGCCGGUACUUUAUCCAUGUACACAUUGUGCAGACGAUUUCGGUGAAGAUAUCAAGCUGAACGCGCCGGACGUUAGUGGAAGGGCUGGAUUGAGUCGGUGGUUGUGCGAGAGACACAAUCAGGUGAAUAGGAAGCUAGGAAAGGAGACAUUCGAUUGUACGAAGACGGACGAGAGAUGGAAGGAUGGUCCAGCAGAUGGAAACUGUGACUGA